AUGCGAUUAUUUGCGCGCAGGGGUGCAGGGCAGGUGUCGGGCGCUCAGCUUUGGACCCAGGCUGAUCUCGCUGGACCCGACACCAGCCCGGCCUGGGGGUCCCCGGGAGCGCCGAGGGGAUCCCCGGGGUUUGCGGCGCGCUGGACCCGGAGAUGCCGGGGGGAUGCCGGGGUGCCGGGCUCGGUGGAGCGGUCCGGGAUCCCCGCCCCGGGCCCGGAGGUGCCGCCCCCGCCCGCUCCCCCACUCGCAGCGGAAGCGCCACGUCAGGGGGGCGGUGCGGGGCUGCCGUGCCGUGCCGUGCCGUGCCGUGCCGUGCCGGGUUCCGUGCGGGGCCGUGCCGUGCCGGGCUCGGUGCGGGUCGCGGUGCCGGGCGCGGUGCGGGUCGCGAUGCCGGGCGCCGUGCGGAUGCUGUGCCUGGCCGCGCUGCUGGGCGCGCUGGGGGCCGGCGGCACGGAGCUGACCCUGGAGCUGCCGGACAGUGCCCAGCGCUGCUUCCACCAGGAGCUGGAGAGCGGCACCAAGUUCACGCUCGACUAUCAGGUGAUCAGCGGAGGGCACUAUGAUGUGGACUGCUACGUGGAGGACCCCAACGGCAAGACCAUCUACCAGGAGACCAAGAAGCAGUACGACAGCUUCACCCACCACACCGACCUCAAGGGUGUCUACACCUUCUGCUUCAGCAACGAGUUCUCCACCUUCUCCCACAAAAUCGUCUACUUCGACUUCCAGGUGGGCGAUGAGCCGCCCAUCCUGCCCGACAUGAACAACCGCGUCACUGCCCUGACACAGCUGGAAUCCGCCUGUGUCACCAUCCACGAGAUGCUGAAUGCGGUGAUCGACUCCCAGACCCACUACCGGCUGCGGGAGGCGCAGGACCGGAGCCGGGCUGAGGAGCUCAAUGGACGCGUCUCCUACUGGUCCGUGGGGGAAACCUUCAUCCUCUUCGUGGUCAGCAUCGGGCAGGUGAUGCUGCUCAAGAGCUUCUUCACUGAGAAGAGACCCAUCAGCGGCAGAGCUGGCACCUAGAGCUGCUGUGUGUGCCUGAGGGGAGCAGGGGUGGGACGGCCCUGGGGUCGCACUUUGCCUCCGAGCUGUGCCUGGGCAGGCAGGGGGUGGGAGCAGGGGGUGCUGUGACCCUGCUGAGCUGGGGGACACAGCCACCGAGUACAGGCGUCAUCACCUCCCACCUGCCAUCACACCUGCCCUGUCCCCUCGCCUGGCCACCCCAUCCUCUGGCUCUCUGGGAAGCGGGUGGGACCAGCAGCAGCACCAACACUGGGGCACCCUCGUGCCUGCCAUGACCACGCACUGCCCCUCAGAGCCCUGUGCAGCCCCCCAGGGGAUGGGGCAGCACCUGGGGCCCACCUGGAGCAGGGCUGGCCCACCUGGCACCCACCCAGUCCCACGGAGAGCUGCUGUGGGCUGGGGGUCUCUGUCUGCACCCCAGCUGUGCUGUGGCAGGCAGGGUGCUCCCAGCAACACCAGCAUCCAACAAGGGAAGGCUUUUUGCUGGGUGGGCCUGUGGCUCUAGCAGCCCUUCCCCUCCAGCAUUUCUCAGGCUGGCAGCAGGUGGUGUGUCCCUACCAGGUGGUGUUUUCAUACUCACACCAGUCUGUGCCUGAGACUCAGCCCCUCACACAUUCCCCCCACCCUGUGGAUACCCUGUGCCAUUCCUGCCCCAGAAGCAUGGACAACCCCCACACACACCUGGGACUGCAGCCCCUCAUCCCCUGGAACCCCACAGAAUGGAGACCCCCCAAGAGCCUGGGGUGACGCCCCUGUGCAAGACCCCUGGAGCGGUUGGUGUGCUGGCCCUCCAGCCCUCAAGCAGGUGUGAGAUCAUUUUUCAGAGCUGAAGCAACUCCACUCGACAUUUCCUUUGCCACUUUGAAAUAAAUUCCUGCAAGCA